AUGAGCCUGCUGUGGUCCCGGUCAAGCCGUGGCAUCCGAUGGAGCGUUGCAACCGCGCAGCGCGCGCGUGAGAUCGCGCUCGCCGGCUCCGAUAUGCUCAUGAGAGCACGCGUCGCCGGCCGCAGCCCGGAUGCCAUCCGCAACGUGGGCGCUUGCUGCGUGCGUCUCGAGCUGCUUGGCACCAAACUGCAGCCGGGAGGGUGGACGGUCGGCCUGCGGGCGCCACAGGCUCGAGGCGAUGGGUUUGUUGCUGCGAUUGGCGGCGCACCCGGCGACCACCGCCGCGGCAUCCUUGACGCGCUGGUGAUGGCGCGUCACUGCGAGGGCGGCGAUCAGGUCACUUUUCUCGGCGAGGACGCGCUCGAGCGAUGGCUCCCGCUCGGGGCGGUGGUCGAGAUUUCCCCGAUCUGGCAGGAGACGGACUUCUUCGAUUUGCAUCGCCAGUUCCGCGCCAUCGACACAGACGGCUCCGGAGAGAUCGACGCGGCGGAGGUGGGGCAGCUGCUGCGGCGGGUCCUGGGCGAGGAGCCGAGCGAGGAGCAGGUUGCGGAGGCACGUCUGAGCGCGAGGCUGCACGAGCUGUCCGAGCGGGCGGCGGAGCGGCUGAGGGUGCUGCACGCGGGCGAGCCGUGGAAGGGUGCCCUCACCGCCGCGGAGGGCAGCUUUGCGGCCCUCGUCGGCGGCACUGGGCUGGAGGAUGGCUGCGGGGAGGCGUCGGAGGGCGCGGCGGGGAUGGGAGGGGAUGGUUGA